GCCAUCCAGCAAUUCUUCUAUUGUAGAUAGCUGCUAUCGAAGAAAUAUAAUCGGUCAGUCUUGCACUACUGUUGAACAGAAGAAGUUUCACGUUGGAGCCAUGUGGAAAUUGUUAAUCUUGACAUUGGGCUUGCUAGCCGUCGUAGCUGCUACAAAUAGUCAAUGUUCCAACAGAGACAAUCUCGUAUAUUUACCAGACAGUGCUCCGGAAGCUUGUGGAAGCUACUUCGUCUGCUUCAACGGCAUCCUACAACGAUUUGAAUGUCCCAAUCGAAUGUAUUUCGAUGCAACAGUUAGAUCAUGUGUUGAAGGGCUUUGUAGAAAUGGCAAAGAUAUCAACGAAAAUUUUAAACUAACAGAUGAACCUGGUGAGGAAACUACGACAGACUCCACAACUACACCAGACACCACAACUACACCAGACACCACAACUACACCAGACACCACAACUACACCGGACACCACAACUACACCGGACACCACAACUACACCGGACACCACAACUACACCGGACACCACAACUACACCAGACACCACAACUACACCAGACACCACAACUACACCGGACACCACAACUACACCGGACACCACAACUACACCAGACACCACAACUACACCAGACACCACAACUACACCAGGCGCCACAACUACACCAGACACCACAACUACACCAGACACCACAACUACACCAGGCACCACAACUACACCAGGCACCACAACUACACCGGACACCACAACUACACCGGACACCACAACUACACCAGACACCACAACUACACCAGACACCACAACUACACCAGGCGCCACAACUACACCAGGCACCACAACAACGACUGUAGCGCCCAUCGAUCCCACAGAAAAGUGCCGUGGUGUGGUAGUCGGCAUUAUGAAGCAUCCGGACAAUUGCUAUCAGUAUUUCGUCUGUUUGUUUGGCUCGGGAAGAUUGGGAACUUGCGACGAAGGCCAAAUUUUCGACACCAGUAAUUUAGUUUGUGUUGCCGGUGAUAGGGACACGUGUAAGGCGAGUAGGUUCUGGGAUCACUAAGAUGAUGUUGACAAAAUAGUUUAGAAAAAGUAGUCUUGUGAUUUUGCGAACUACAGCUAUACAGUACUAAGAAAUUGUAAGGAAAAGUGUUCAAUUGAAAAGUAUAAUAAUAAAUUUUUGCA